AUGGCCCGCGGCACCUUGGUCCCGCCCAACUUCAGGGUCGACGUCCCGAGCGAGGACGAGCUCGUCGCCGUCGGCGUCGUAUGGGGCCUCUCGCUGCCCCUCACCGUCUUCGGCAUCUUCCGCUGCGUCCAGCAGACGUACAGCCAGUACAGGCGGACGAGGAGGGUCAACCUGUACAUGUUCCUCAUCUGGCUCGAGCUCAUCUCGACGACCUUGAUGGGGGGCACCGCUUGGGGAUACGUGCGGGGGGUUAUCCCACCCAGCAUGUGGUACUUUCUCGGGGCAGUCACCUCCACGAACAAUCUCAUCAUCAUGGCUUACGAAUUCCAAGUCAUCCUCUGGAUCGUCCAGAUCAACGCCAUCCUCCAGAUCAUCCUCAACCGGAUCAGCCUAAUCUCCGACAACAAGCCACACGUCCGCCGGGUCCAGUGGUUCCUCUUCGGCUGCGUGCUGCUCCUCCAGGUCGCCGUCGCCUGCUUCUGGGUCCCCGCGCAGCUCCAGAUCUCGGACCUGUACGUCGACAUCAACCACGUCUUCGACCGCACGGAGAAGGUCGUGUUCGCCCUCAUAGACCUGUGCCUCAACGUGUACUUCAUCCACCUGGUGCGGUCGACCCUCAUCGCCUACGGGCUGACCAAGUACGUCCUGCUGUAUCGCGUGAACAUAGCCAUGAUCCUCGUCUCCAUGACCAUGGACGUCCUCAUCAUCGGCAUGAUGUCGCUGCCGAGCGCCUUCUUAUACGUGCUGUUCCAUCCCCUAGCCUAUCUCAUCAAGCUCCACAUCGAACUAUCAAUGGCGGAGCUCAUCGCCAAGAUCGUCAAGGCCUCGAGCAGGAGCCGGAGUUGCCUGUGCCCCUGCACCGAGGCCGACAACGACAUCUUGGUCGCGCCCACCACCGGUCGCGUUUCAGAAUGGGGUCCCUUCCGGCGCCUACGGGAGACCCGAGCGGUGGAUCAGACUACGGCGACACGUACAGUAACGGCUGAAGACGCCAAUGUUGGCGGGGGCGGCGAGGUCGAACCGGUCGAGGUUCAUGACCUUGGCCCAGGCGCCGACAAAGUCGUUGACCAGCUUCUGGUGGCCGCCGGCGCUGGCGUACACCUCGGCCAGGGCGCGGAGCUCGGGCUGCGAGCUGAAGAUGAGGUCGAAGCGGGUGGCGGUCCACUUCUUGGCGCCCGACUUGCGGUCGGUGCCCACGAAGACGUCCUUGGAGUCGUCGGCGGCCUUCCACUCGGUGGACAUGUCCAGCAGGUUGACGAAGAAGUCGUUGGUCAGGACACCGGGGCGGGUGGUGAGGAUGCCGUGGGACGAGCCGUCAAAGUUGGUGCUGAUGGCGCGGAGACCGCCGAUGAGGACGGUCAGCUCCGGGGCGGAGAGCUUGAGGAGGUGGGCGCGGUCGACGAGGGUCUGCUCCUGCUUGACGCGGCCAGACGAGCUGCCGUAGUUGCGGAAGCCGUCGGCGAUGGGCUGGAGGUAGUUGAAGGACUCGACGUCGGUCUGCUCCUGGGUGGCGUCGGCACGGCCAGGGAUGAAGGGCACGACCAGAUCGACACCAGCGGCGCUGGCAGCGCUCUCUACGGCGGCGGAACCGGCGAGGACGAUGAGAUCGGCCAGGGAGAUGCGCUUACCGGUGGUCUGGGACUUGUUAAAGGAGGUCUGGAUGCGCUCGAGGACGCUGAGGACCUCGGCCAAUUGCUGGGGGCGGACGUGGCCACCGUUGGCACCACCACGCUUGUCGCUGCCACGGAAAGUAGAGGCAGAAGCCCAGGCAGUAGAGACGAGCUUGGAGAUGCUGAGACCCGAGUUGAGGACCUCGCGCUUGAGGCUCAGGAUAUCCCUCCCAUCAACGAGCAGGUGGUUGAUAGCAGGGAUGGGGUCCUGCCAGAUGAGCUCCUCCUCAGGAACCUCAGGGCCCAGGUAGAGGAUGCGAGGACCCAUGUCACGGUGGGUGAGCUUGAACCAGGCGCGGGCGAAGGCAUCGUUGAACUGGUCUGGGUUCUUGAGGAAGCGGCGCGAGAUCUUCUCGUACUCAGCAUCGGCCCGGAGAGCGAUGUCGGUCACCAACAUUCUGGGGGGGUGCUUCUUGGACUUGUCGAAGGCGUCGGGGAUGAUGUUGUCGGCAUUCUUUGCGACAAACUGUGGGGCGCCGCCAGGGCCCUCGACGAGCUCCCACUCGUAGCCGAACAGGUACUCGAAGAAGUUGUUGCUCCACCAGGUGGGAGUCUUGGUCCAGAUAACCUCCAGACCAGAUGUGAUGGCAUCGGCGCCCUUUCCGGACUUGUAGCUGUUCUUCCAGCCCAGACCGUUCUGCUCGAUGGAAGCACCCUCGGGUUCGGGGCCGACAUGGCUGUCGGGAGCGGCGCCGUGGGUCUUGCCAAGGGUGUGACCACCAGCAAUCAGAGCGACGGUCUCCUCGUCGUUCAUGGCCAUGCGGCCGAACGCCUCGCGGAUGUCGUGGGCGGCAGCGACGGGGUCGGCAUUGGCGUUGGGCCCGCGGGGGUCGACGUAGAUCAGGCCCAUGUUGGUGGCUCCCAGGGGCUUUUCGAGGCUCUGGGCAUGUGCCUUGCCGUACUUGGUCUCCAGCGAGGGGCCGGAGGCGAAGCGCUUGUCCCUGCCCUCGGGGAAGAAGCUGGUCUCGGAGCCCCAGUAGACGGACUCGUCGGCCUCCCAGGUGUCGGCGCGGCCGCCGGCGAAACCAAAGGUCUUGAAACCCAUGGACUCGAGGGCGACGUUGCCGGCAAGGAUCAUCAGGUCGGCCCAGGAGAUCUUGUUGCCAUACUUUUGCUUGAUGGGCCACAGCAGGCGGCGGGCCUUGUCGAGGUUGCCGUUAUCGGGCCAGCUGGAGAGAGGGGCGAAUCGUUGUUGACCCUGGCAAGAAAAAAAAGUUCCGGGAUCGCGCUCUCUUACCUGGCCACCGCCGCCUCGGCCGUCGAAGACGCGGUAGGUACCAGCCGAGUGCCAGGCCAUGCGGAUGAAGAGACCGCCGUAGUGGCCGAAAUCGGCUGGCCACCAAUCCUGGGAGUCGGUCAUCAGGGCCGUCAGGUCGGCCUUGAGGGCAUUGUAGUCGAGGCUCUUGAACUCCUUGGCAUAGUCAAAGUCGGCGCCGAAGGGAUCCGAGGCAACUCCGUUCUGGCGCAGGAUGUCGAGGCGGAGCUGCUCGGGCCACCAGUCGCGGUUCUUGGGGCCGCCGCCAGCGACGUUGGACUGGGCGUAGGGGCACUUGCUCUCACUCAUGGUGACGAGGCUGGUGCUUAUCGUGCGGUGUGGGGAGAGGAGAAGUCGUCGUGGUUCUGGUCUCCGGAGGUACGCUCUGGGUAUCAAUCGUCCAAAGAGAGGCAUCGACAAAACAGAAAGCAGAGGAGGGGGGGGAGAACAGCGGUAACGGUGCAGCUGGCAGGUCGGCGGUCUUAUACCGACGGCACGAUUGCUUCGAUUCAGGCUAGGGUGGGAGGGUGA